GACGCGACUUCCUCCACUUCCUGUUUCUGUUGCACAGACUCAGCUGAUCUCAGAGAGAGAGAGAGAGAGAGAGAGAGAUGCCGUCUAACAAGUCAGUGUCGGACGCCCCCAUCACCCAGUUCAUCAACUGCAGGAUCCUGAGAGAGCACAAGCUGCAGAGGGAGGAUCUGUGGGUCCGUGGAGGGAGGAUUUUAGAUCCAGAGAAGUUGUUCUUCGAUGAGCAGGGUUACGCUGACGAGUGUGUGGACUGUGAGGGCAGCAUCAUCACCCCGGGCUUCAUAGACGUCCAGAUCAACGAUGGUCACAUGGUGUCAUCCUCCAGGAGGAUAUGGCGUGGACUUCUCUCAGGCCUCGGAUGAUGUUAGCGGCGGCGUUUCUAUCGUGGCUAAAAAGAUCCUGGAGCACGGAGUGACGUCCUUCUGUCCGACGCUGGUCACCUCCCCCCCCGCCGUCUACCACAAGGUUUUACCUCAGGUCAAAGUUCACAGCGGAGGUCGACAUGGAGCGGGAGUUCUCGGUGUCCACCUGGAGGGCCCGUUCAUCAGCGUGGAGAAGAAGGGAGCGCACCCGGAGCGGUUCCUCCGCAGCUUCCAGGGCGGGGGGGUCGUCGACCUGAUGGAGACCUAUGGCGGCCUGGACGACGUUGCCAUGGUAACACUGGCUCCUGAGCUGGCCGGCAGCGAAUCGGUGGUGAGGGCGCUCUGCCAGAGGGGCGUCACCGUGUCGCUAGGUCACUCAGUGGCCAACCUGUCUCAGGCCGAGGACGCCGUGAGCAGCGGGGCCUCGUUCAUCACUCAUCUCUUCAACGCCAUGUUGCCUUUCCACCACCGGGACCCGGGGAUCGUGGGCCUCCUGACCAGCGACCGGGUUCCCGCGGGCCGGACGGUGUUCUACGGUAUGAUCGCUGACGGGAUCCACACCAACCCAGCGGCUCUGCGUAUCGCCCACAGAGCCCACCCCUCAGGUCUGGUGCUGGUGACGGAUGCGAUCGCAGCGAUGGGUCUCCCCCCCGGGAGUCACACUCUGGGCCAGCAGGUCAUCGAGAUCCAGGGUCUUCACGCUUACGUGGCAGGCACCAAGACGCUCAGCGGCAGCAUCGCCACCAUGGACAUGUGUGUGCGACACUUCAAACAGGCCUCAGGCUGCAGUGUAGAAGAAGCUCUGGAAGCUGCUUCUCUCCAUCCAGCUCAGCUCCUGGGCCUCAGCCACAAGAAAGGAACCCUGGACUACGGCUCGGACGCAGACCUCACUCUGCUCGACGAUGACCUCAACGUUAGAGCCACAUAUAUUUCUGGAGAGGAGGUUUGGAGAAAAGAUCCGUAGAAGAAGAGUCUGAUGGAGCCUGGCCUGACAGCUGGAGCCUUCAGGGGGCGCUGUUUCCCCCAGUCCACAAAUCUGAGCCAUGACUUGACUCAUCAGAUCCGACCUCAGAGUUUCUCUCUGGUUCCUCACUUUAAAGACUGAAGGUGUUUCUGACCAUGUGACUCUGCUGUCGCGAAGUCGUUUCAACUCUUUGGUCACAUUUUGAAUCAUUUCAGUUUGACCUCCUCAUACACAGGCUCGCUGUAGGUAGAGCGCCACCCUCUGGACAAUCUGCAAACUUUUCUUUCAAUCUUUUCCGAGUCUGACUGCGAGUUUUAAGGAGAUGGUUUUUUAUAAAUGAUGAUAUUCUGACUGUAAGAGACAUUUAUGUUCAUUCCUCCUGAUACCAGAUAAAUCAACAGUGACUGACAGGAAGCAAUAAGAUUUAGAAGAGGACGACUCGCUGCAGGAAACACACCGACGUGUUUUCAAGCAUCACAUCUGUGUCGCACAACUUUAAAAACGUGCUGUGUCGUAUUUUCUAUGUAAAUGUUAUUCCUGACGUUGGGUUUUCUAAAUAAAAUGUGUCUGGAUUUGA